AGCGCUCGGAUCACCACGCCUGCAGCCUCCGACGCCCGGGAAAGAUUCGCAUUAUGGGCAGGCAGUGGCAAUUCGCUGGGAAAGCAUCUCGCGAUCCUUCCCACUUCACCCCCUCCCGUCCCUCCCGUCCCUCCCUCCUCGCGCUGGCGCGUCUGCGUGUUGCAGGCGCCGCAGCCGCGGGGUGGCCCCAACGGCCGAGGGGUAGCUUUAGACAUUAGACUCGUGCCUGGCCCCGCGCCGCCCCGGGGAGGGGCCCGCCCGAGGCCCGGGGCGCGCGAGCACACGGGUCGCACCCGGGGGGGUAUCGGCGGCGAGCCCCCCCGGGGGGGGGAGGUCCUCGGGGCCGAUCGCAGGGGACGCCCGAGAGGCGGCCAGACUGCAGUGAGACAGCCCCGCGGCGCGGCCGGGGGAGCCGAUUUGCGCGGCGCGGGCCCGGGGCGCGGCGCAUGCGCGCGUGUGAGACAGCCCCUCCAGGCGACGCCUGGGCAAAGGGACUUGCCGCUGGCUUCCUGCGCACCAGCUACCCUGCGCAGACGAGCAGAACUAGGGCAAGAGAGACCACCAGAGGAGGGAGGAGGGGCAGGAGGAGGAGGAGGAGGCCCUCGGCACUGACUGAGAGGAUGAGCAAAAAAAAGCUGGAGGCCGAUUCACCGCCGCCCGGGGCACCUUUGUCCCUCGAGCGGUCUGGUGCCUCCCUGGCCCUGGAGGACAAGGGCAGCCGCGCGCCCUGGCGGGCUACUCGUCGUCCCCCUCCCC